CUGCCAUCUGUGGUAUUUUAUUUGAGUUUGUACAAGAAGAUUCUAUCAUGGAAGUACAAAUCGGGCGAAGCAGAGCUGGAACAUAAAAUAAACCUAGGGUUAAAUAUCAGGCGAUUCAGAAACUAUGAAUGGUCAUACAUGUGGUCCGUCUGCGCGCGUCAGAUCAGUGUGGACACCGAUUUCUCUCCGGUUCGGAACACUCAAGCUGGCUGUCACACGGAGUGAGCGCUACAGCUCCAAGUGAACAUUUUGAUCCUGUGUCACCCAUAGUCAACACGUAACCUACGUCUCGGCUCCUUGGAGAGGAGAGAGGAGCGAGCAACACGCAGUGGUCAGGCGGUAUGACCAGAGGACCCGCCGCAGCCGUGACGCUCUCCAGGUGUGUGUAGACGGGGUUCUGUGGAAUAAUAUGAAGCGCCAUGGCGUGGUGUGACCGAGGGGUUCAAACACUGCUGGCUACGGUUGGGGCUUUCGCCGCUUUCAGCCUCAUGACCAUAGCCAUCGGGACGGACUACUGGCUGUACUCACGGGCGUACCUAUGCAACGCAACCAAUGCCAGUACUGAUGACUCCCAGUCACAACCCAAGAAGGCAAGGGGAGAUCUUACGCACUCCGGGCUGUGGAGAAUCUGUUGUAUUGAAGGGAUUAACGUAGGGAGCUGUUACCGUAUCAACCAUUUCCCAGAUGAUAACGACUAUGACACAGACAGCUCAGAAUACCUCCUGCGUAUUGUGCGGGCGUCUAGUGUGUUUCCUAUCCUCAGCACCUGUCUGUUGAUGCUGGGGGGGCUGUGUUUGGCCGUGGGACGUAUCUAUAGCAACAGGAACAGCAUCCUGCUUAGCGCCGGCAUCCUGUUCGUAGCCGCAGGCCUGAGUAACAUCAUCGGCAUCAUUGUCUACAUCUCCAGCAACGCCGGCGACCCCAGUGACAAGCGCGACGAGGACAAGAAGAACACCUACAACUAUGGCUGGUCCUUCUACUUCGGAGCCCUGUCCUUCAUCAUGGCUGAGACAGUGGCCGUCCUGGCCGUCAACAUCUACAUCGAGAAGAACAAGGAGGUCCGCUUCCACGCUCGCCGUGACUUUAUCCGCUCCAUGUCCUCCUCCUCGCCCUACUCACGCAUACCCAGUUACCGCUUCCGCCGGCGGACGUCCCACUCCAGCUCGCGCUCCUCUGACGCUUCGCGGGAAAACUCGCCGGCGAGGCUGAAGGGUGUGACCUCGGCGACGGGGCCAUUGGGAGAAUUGACCAUGUACACGUUGACCCGAGAGGGGGGUCUGAAAGGGGGCGUGACGGAGAACGCAUACAGCCCCGAGCACGGCUCAGGCGAUUUUCUGCAGGUGCAUAACUGCUUCCCCAAUGACCUGAAGGACGGGGUCAACCGGCGGACCACACCCGUGUGAGAGGAGCUUUAGACGGGCCGGUGGAGUGAGGAGGCCCCCCUGACGUGAAGGGUCAUGGAUGGAGGUGGGCCUUUGGGGAUGGAGGGCCCCAUGGUAGCCCGUCACACCGGAGAAUCAGAGUCAGAGUCAUUGGUUCUAGAGAAAGACGGAGCCAGUGAAAAGACGGAGCCCCUCCUCAGUGAAAAACAACAUGAGGACAAUUACUAAGGACAUGGACAGACAUAUAAGGUUUGAAAAUGUUGCCCUUGACAUGGUUUCACUAGACAGAAAGAGCACUUGGUUCUUUCAUGGCGUUCCUUUGAGCUUUUAGACAGCAUCGCUACAGACUACAGUCACCGUCAUUGUUUGUGUCGUACACUACAUACAUUUACAUUAACGUCAUUUAGCAGACGCUCUUAUCCAGAGCGACUUACAUUAUUAUUAU